AUGUAUCACCUAAAGACAUUAAAUUAUGGAAGGUCGAAAUCCAUGACAAUGAUAUUAGCAACCUAUCUUUACGUGAUAACGACGAACUUAUCAUCUUCAUUCAAGAUUCUAUGGAAAUUGUUAGAUAAUAUGGAAAAACCUGAUUUAUUUGAAAAAUAUGCUAACAAAACUCCUCGAUGGGCUGAUGAACCAUUCGAAGAUGAUACUGUCAUGUUUUACAAUACCGUUUGCCCCUACCCCGGCUUAAGAAAUGGCACUGACAAAGGAGGAUCCAUGCAUGAUCCUGACUUCAAGAACAAUCCCAAAUUAAGUUUUAAUAAAACAUUUAUUAUAAUAUAUAUAAUAGUUACAGUACGUUAUCCUGAAGGCUAUUUUCCUAAAUAA